AUUGAAAUGGCUUAUCGAAACAACGGCUUAAACUGCAUAGAAUUACGUGAAAAGCUCAAAAUUGCUUUGGAAGAAGAAUAUGAAGAAAAAAGGAGAACACGAUUAAAGGAAGGAAUUACUGGAGUUGGCGAAAUAUUGAAACAAAUUAGAGAUCCUCGCUCUACCGGAAAACAGCGUAUUAUUCUAAACGAGUUGGGAGCGCCCAUAAAUGGCACAUCUUUUUCAUUUUGGAGUGCAAACCGGGCACCAGCUUCUUUUAUUGCUUCAGCAACUGGAGAAAAUACUGCACUGCCUUCUACCUCUAAUAAUCAUCUUGUUAAUGGCUUAAGCAAUGUUGUAACAACAUUAAAACCAAUUCCUGUUCUCGUUCACUCCCAAAGUUCCGAUGAGAUUUCUGCUGCUGUUCUUCACCCAACAAAGCCUUCUGAAAUUCGUAAAUUAAUUCGUUCAAAAAUGGUUCGUUGCCGUAUUUGUAAAAAUCGGUUUUUGGAACGACAUUUGUAUGAAAGACAUUUACGUGAUAAACAUCCAAUUGAAUUUUUGGCUUAUGAAAUACAGCAAGAAGAGGAAAUGAUUCAACAAAGAAAAGAAGAGUUGGAAACAAAUAGAUUAGAUGAAAUAAUUUCUGGUGGUUUUAUUCCUCCACAAGAAGAUUUGGAUGCUUCUAAAUAUGAAGUUGAUAUUAACGAAAUUCCACUUCCCGGUGAAUUAACAGGCGGAAUUCCUGCACGUUUUGAUCGUUAUGGUGUUUUAUUUCAACCAAAACGUAUUUACAAAAAGAAAGUUUCUCCACAAUGCAUGUUUUGUGAUAAACGUUAUCGAAACGAGCAUUCACUGAAAAAACAUAUUUCGAAAAAACAUGCAGAAUCUGCUGAAUGGGUUCAAUGUUUGAAAUGUUUUAAGCCUGUUCCAAGUAAAGAAGAAAUGCAAAAUCAUUUGUGUGAAUUGGUCUAUAUUUGUUUUGAAUGUGUUCCAAUUCGUAAUUUAUGUACGGAAGUUAGACUUUUUAAUCACCGUGCAAAAUUUCAUCGUGGUCAACAUUCUGGAUUUAAAUGCAAUCUUUGCACUCAAAAAUUCCUAACACCAAGAAAAUUACGAAAACACAAGAAAAUGUCUCAUGUCUUCACAAAAACUUAUCAAUGCCAUUUUUGCGAGGAAUUGUUUAUCAGCGAAACUGCGGUCACUACUCAUGAACGUAUUCAUACUGGUAUAAUAAAAUUUGAAUGCAAAAUUUGUGAUUUCAAAUGUAAUCGUUUUCUAAAUAUGGAAGAACAUCGAAAAGAUGAGCAUGGCUAUUUAUGCACAAUUUGUCAAUCAAAAUUGGGUGAAUGGGCAGAUUUGAAAAAUCACAUGUUAAUUGAACAUGGCGGUUAUUUGUCCUCAGAAUUUAAUUCAGGUUCAAAAGUGUCAAGUAGUAGAAUAAUAAAUAAGGGAACAAGAAAAUAUAUUUUUUGUGUAUAUAUUUGGUGUGGUGCGUGGAUGUGCCUGUCUCCUUCGCCUUCCACCGAAUUUUCGCCUUUUUUGGUGUUUCGGCUUUUGUGUUUCAUUUUUCUUUCGUGUUUCGAAUUUCGGCGUUUUGACGAAAGUUAAUUUAAAAAUCAAAAGAUUAUGGACGAGACACCAAAAAAGACGAAAAUUCGGCGAAAGGUGUUAGAGAGAAAAGUACAUUUUUCUGGUGUGGGUCUAUUUAACCACUCUAAAUUAAUAUUUUUUUCAACAUUAAUAAUUUUUUAAAAUUUUAUUGGUCUUUUUAUUUAGAGUCAAUAGCCGGCAAAAUUACGCCUUGGGCUAGUACUCUUUUUUCUUUCAAAUUUUUUCUAAUUAACAAGCUUUUAGAA